UAUGAUAUCGUGUGAUUUAAGUACAAAUUAAGAUAAUAUUGUGCUUUAGUUUUUUAUAUUAAAUAUGACUUAAAUUAUAAUAUAAUUUUCAAAAUGGAAAUGUGGUGGUUUUCUCGAGUAAUAGCUCAUCAUCCUUAUACCAUUCUAAUGAUAAUACUUAUUUUUUCUUCAACAUGUUUAAUUGUUCCCUUAGCUAUUAAAAAAUUUCCAGACUUCUCAGAUCCUCAGUUAGGAUUUGAAGCAAGAGGUACAAUAUUAGCACAAAGACUUAUUGCUUGGCAAAAUUUAUUAGAAUCAAAUAAACCAAGAGGACAAUUAGUUGAUAAUCCUUUAGAAUAUUAUCAUUAUGUGCAACAAUUAAAUCAACAGAAUUUACAGAAUUCUAUUAUACAAAAUUAUAGUUGGAUUGAAAAAAAACCUAAAAAUAAGAAAAAAGGAGGAAAGAAAUAUCAAAAACAAAUUAAUAAAGAAGAAAUAGAUAAAAUUGAAAUUAAAGAUAAAUGGGAAGAAUUAAUAGAGUUAAAAAACAAAAAUAAAUUAGAUAUGACAAAGGAUUAUAAAAGUCAAGAUUAUAUUGAUAAUGAAAAUUUUUUUUGUAAUUUGCCAUCUUCUGCUUAUGCACGUGUUGUUAUUGGCAGAAACUCUAAAGAUUCAAAUUUAUGGUCAAUGGAAGGUGUAUUAGCACAAUGUUAUAUUGAUACAGAGCUUAGAUCAAAUUCACAUUUUUCUUCUUUAUGUCAAAUGUCAAUAGAAUAUAACAAUUCAAGGCAAAAAUGUUGUAGAAGUUGGUCUCCAGCAAAUUAUGUUGCACUUCUAUCUAAUCGAAGUUCUUGUUUGGGUGUAACAGAAAAUGAUCUCAGUCGUGUUGAAACUCUUUUAAAAAGAUGUAUUUAUUAUUAUCAAAAUCGUCGUUUAACAUCAAAUUGUGCAGAAGAUUUAAAUUGUCAAAAACAUGUUCCAAUUGAAUGCUAUAUGCAUAAUGCAGCAUAUCAUUUGUUGCAUUACUUAUUGGAUACUGAUUUUAUUUUGGAUCGAGAGCAAGAUCCUCAAAAUAAGUUAAAUUCGACAUUAAAAUAUGCAAUGUUAUUUUUACCAAUUGCUGCAAGCUCAGCUACUUUAGAUUUUUAUAAAGGAUUAAAUGAUGUUGAUUUAUCUUAUGGAAAAUUUUGUGUAAAGGGAAUGCAUUUGGGUUUAAAAAGUAUAUUGUUUGAUCGACUGUUAGUGUCAGAUUCUAUUUUAUUACUUACUGGUUUUACCUUUGUAACAAUUUGUAUAUGGGCAUAUACUGGUUCUUUUUUAUUAACUAUCACAACCAUUAUUGCAGUAAUUUUUAGUCUUGGCAUUUCAUAUGCAUUUUAUACUUUAUUUUUGCAUAUCAAAUUCUUUCCAUUUAUGAAUCUCUUGGCAAUUGUUGUUGCUGUAGGAAUAGGUGCAGAUGAUGCAUUUAUAUAUUGCAAAAUUUGGGAAAGAGGUAAAGAACAAAAAAUAUCAAAUAAUGGAUUGGUCAGACUGGUACAAGAAACAAUGAAACAUGCUGUUCCAUCUAUGUUUGUUACAUCUUUAACUACUGCAGUAGCAUUUUUUGCAUCAGUUGUUAGUAAUGUUACUGCUAUAAAUUGCUUCAGUUUAUUUUCAGGAAUGACUGUUAUUGCAAACUUUUUUUUAAUGAUUACUUGGUUACCAGCAUGUGUCGUAGUAUCAGAACGAUUUAAACUUGGUAUUUUAUCUCCCGCGAAUUUUAUAACACGAAAAAUUGUUAGACCUUUACGAUUAUUUGGAGAUAAAAUAACGAUAGGUUUUAAUUCUUUUCUUAUAAAGAUAGUUAUUAAUUUUCGAUGGUGCUGGUUAUUCAGUUUGGGUAUUGUAGCAAUAAUAUGUUGUAUUAUUGUUUUUCAAUAUCCUGGUUUACAAUUGCCAGAUACUGCUGAUUUCCAAUUAUUUGAUAGUUCUCAUCCAUUUGAAAAAUAUGACUUGAUAUAUGCUCGAAAAUUUUGGUUUGAGAAACAUGAAACAAUUGAUAAUGGAGAUAUGUUGCCACUAAGAUUUGUAUGGGGCGUUAAACCAAUCGAUAACGGUAAUUAUUUAGAUCCUGGUUUAAUUGGUACACCAGAAUGGGAUGAAUCUUUUGAUGUAUCUCAUCCAGAAUCACAAUUAUGGCUUGAAAAAUUUUGCCAUGAUUUACGAGCACAACCUUUUUAUCGUAAUACAUUAGGACCUUUACUUCCUAAUUGUUUUAUUGAAUCAUUACGUAAAUGGAUGCAAAGACGUUGUGAAGACCCCAUUGAUCCACAUAUUAAUUAUAUGCCAUGUUGUGAAGAAAGUAAAUUUCCAUAUAAUUCAACCACUUUACAACGAUGUGCAGCUGAAGCUAAUGCAGGAUUAUAUCGUACUCCUUCAUAUUUAUGGGUUCGCAAUGGUGUUUUUGCUGGUUUAAAAUUUUUAAGAGAACCGAAUUCAACACAAUUACAAAUAUCAAAUGAAACAAAUUCAAUAAUAAUGCCAACACUUAAAAUUAAAGCUUUAAUUGUUGAAUAUGAUAGCAUAUAUAAUUACAGUCUUUCUUUUUCAAAUAUGGAUCAAUUUUUUCAUCAGGUUGAAACAUGGAUGCAAAAUCAAUUAAAAAAUGCUCCAUUAGGAAUGCGUGGUGGUUGGUUUGUUAGUAGAUUAGAAUUUUAUGAAUUACAACGAACAUUGUAUGAAGGUACUCUUUGGGCAAUGGGAGUUUCAUUGAUUCUAGCUCUCAUAGUAUUGGCUUUUGUGACAUUUAAUCCUCUUAUCAGUUUAUAUGCAAUUAUAACAAUUGGUGCAGCAAUUAUAGUAACAAUUGCUGGUUUGAUUCUUCUUGGGUGGAAAUUAAAUGUUUUAGAAAGUAUUACAAUAUCUACAGCAAUAGGUUUAACUGUAGAUUUUAGUUUACACUAUGUAGUAAGUUAUAGAGCAUGUACUUCUAAAGAGAGAGAGGAUAGAGUAAAAACAGCUCUUACACAAAUGGGUGGUCCAACUUUAAUGGCUUGUCUUACAACUGGUGCUGCUGGUGCUCUCAUGCUACCUUCAUGUGUAUUAGCAUAUAUUCAAAUUGGUAUAUUUUUAUUACUUGUAAUGGGAAUAAGUUGGAUAUAUGCUACAUUUUUUUUGUGUCCAAUAUUAGCAGUUAUAGGUCCAUCAUCUCAUUUUGCUCAAUUUCAAUAUCCUAGAUUAAAUUUAUUAUGGAAUUAUCUUCGUAAAAACAAGUCUGGAAAUGUGCCUGAUUCAAGUACAGAUAAUAAUAGAGCUAGAAGAAAGAUUAAAGGAAGAGGAAUGUGGUCAGAAUCUACUUUAAGUACAUCUAGUACAGUAUGUCAAUUUCAUUGUAAUGAAAUAGAAACUUUUACUAGACCACCGCCAUCACCAUCAUUACCUCCAUCUCCAUCAUCAGCAUUACUUCAAUAAGAUAAAGGUGAACACAAUAUUAGCAGCUUAGGUACGAGUCGCUGGUUAGAGGCUCUUUGGGAACCAGCUGCCAAAUUGCACACUUUACCAAAUGGAUUAGAUAUGCUCGAUGUAAGCGGCGAUGGAGAUGCCAGGCUUGUCUGUGCUGAUUUGGGAGCUCUCGACGUCAAUUCGCCUAAAAUACGAGUUUACAAAGGAGGCGAUCAGAUAACCGAGCACAACAUGGUAGAUCUACCUUGUGGGGUGGUCGGUUUUUACACGCAAAAUGGAGAACCUCGAUCCUCCGUAGUGGCAGUGGGUGUUGGCCCUAGCGUCUACAUCUUUAAAAAUAUGAGACCUUAUUUUAAAUACUGUUUGCCGCACAUCGAGGCACAUCCAAAAGAACGAGAGAUUUGGCACAAGGCUGGAUUGGACGAGGAAUUGAACGUGCUCACAUUAGCCGACGAAUUGGAUCUUUUGUUAAACGAACUUGGAGCUGGAUUUAUUUCACCGAGAACGUUGAAAUUCUUAUGCAUGGAUAAGAAUUUGAGAGCUAGUUUCGCAGAACAGUACAGAAGGAUUCCACUCGUUAAAAGUAACGCCUUAACUGCGAUUUCUGUGAUUCGAAGAGAUUCGUGGAACGAUCCGGCAAGUAGUUGUCUCGUGCUGGGUACGGAAUUUGGAGAAAUACUUAUAUUGGAUCCUCGAACGUUCUCCAUUAUGGAUAAACAUUUAUUGCAAUGGCCACCAGUUGCUUUUGCGUGUAUAGGUUUGUGGACAGGUGAUGGAAGAGUAUUAAUUAUCGGAAGGGAUGGUAGAAUUGGCAUGAUAAGGAGGGGAAGUUCUGUCAAACUUUGGGAAAAAUUAUCGUCACCUGCUGUAGCCAUUUCAGCCCUUAAUAACGAGGGCAUCGCGGUUACCACGAUGGAUGGCACUUUGAUCGGUUUCUCCAGAAAGGGAAUUAAACUUUGGCACGUUCGCGUUCCGGGAGCAAUUUUGGAUUCGAUAAGCUUACCAGUUCCUCAAAUUGGACUCUCUUUGCUUGCUGUGAGUACAGCUGGAUAUGGUAUCCGUGUAUACGAUGGAAAGCAUCACGUAGACACGUUGAAGAUUAUGGAACCAGUUUCAGCUAUGAAGUACGGUAAAAUGGGUCAAGAAGAACGAACAAUGGCGAUGGUCACCGUAGGAGGUGGCCUCUGCGUGAAGAUUUUGAAACGCACCGCCGAUUUCAGUAUUCACAAUCCAAUGUCCGAUCUAUCGAUCAACGACGGUUCUAAAUUUCUGAUACCGAAGAAAACGCGACUGUUUGUCGAGCAAACGAUACGCGAAAGAUCAGAAGCGAAGAAGAUACACACUACUUUUCAGCAAGGUCUGCUUCGAUUGAGAUUAAUGGUAGCCAAGAAGGUAGUCGAAUCUUUGAACGACAGUCAAGACGCUGGAUCGCACUCUCUUACCGUGGAAGCUACAGUUUUAGGAUUGGGACCGCAUUAUCAAAUUCGCAUUUUGCUGACGAAUAUAUCCGACGAAUUCUCCGACACGGAUCUGUACAUCGUUUGCAGGAGUGAGAACAUAGAAGUGAAACCACGUAUGAUGGACGUACCUCUUUUACCGAGCGGUGUUCCGAUUCCAUUUAUCGUUAACGCGAUUUUGAACGGUAGAAUAUCGGGAAGAAUGGAGAUUUUGGUCUGUAAGAAGUCGAAAACGAAACCAGUUACCGUAACGACAGUGAUUUUACCUGCUCCUGAAGAAGAUAUCGAAGUUUAAUGUAUUAUAACAAA